GUGUGUGGCAACCGGCCCGUAACGUUGGUUUGUGGUUCUAGUGAGUUAGCAGCAACUUCACAUUCAUUCUAAACUUCCAUUCACCAGCCUUAUGACACAAAUAACUAUCUUAUCAGUUUGUCAACGCAUCACAAUUUUUAUUAAUCGUGAAUUGAAUAAAAAAUGUCAACAAGGAGCGUGAGUUCAAAUGGAUCGAAAAAAAUUGAGAACGAUAAACAAUGGGCGAUAUUUAUGGGAGAUUUAUCUCGGCUGCGGGAGGUAAUAUCAAAUAAAAAACAAAGUGAGAGGCAUUCGAUUUUGUGGAAAUGUCUGGGUGGAAUUGAUGCGGCCGUCAGAGGUGUAGGACAGGUAGUGUUCGCAAACAAUCCUGUCAGCGGCUUGCUCAUCAUAAUUACCCUCGGAUUUACUUCUCCUAAUGUAUUGCUGUUUGGAUCGACUACGGGAUUCCUUGGAUUAGUCAUUUCAUAUCUAAUCCAGGACCCGGGGUCAUCUAUAGAAAAUGGCUUGACGGUUUAUAAUCCACUGCUGAUUGGUAUAGUAACGAGUUCCAUAUUUCCGACGGAGUGCAGUAGUUGGGAUCGAUUGACUAUGCUUAUGAUGUUUUCCGGGACGAUUUUUAGUGUGAUACUCGCGAGAGCUAAUGGGAAGGGACGUUUUCCUGUUAUCACAUUCCCAUUUAAUGUCAUUGAAACCAUGAUUCUGAUCAUUCUCACAAUUCAUCACAGAAGGGAACCUACACCGGAGGGAAUGAUUGAUGCUGUAUCUCAUUUCAAUUGUCAAUCAAAUGAAACAUUGAUAACCGAAUCAAUGAUCAAUACUGACAUUGAAUCAAUCUGUAAGACCAUCCACAUCAAUUCGACAUAUGUCAUCGAUUGGGGAAUGGUGUUUCGCGGUAUCGUGACCUCAUCUUCUCAAGUAUUUGCUGUUGAUAAUGUGAUUGCGGGUACUAUCAUUUACCUUGCCAUACUGAUUUAUUCACCCACUACUGCCCUGUUUUCAUUAAUUGGUGCGAUAAUUGGGUCGCUUUCAGCUCUCGGACUUGGCGUGCCACAUGAAUCCGUUUACUCCGGCCUGUGGGGCUACAACAGUCUCUUAUUAAGUUGCUCCUUCGGCGGAAUAUUUCUCGUACUAAAUACCCAAACAACUCUACUGGCCUUUAUCGCUGCGAUAUUCACCGUUCUCUUGCAAUACACCCUUAAUUUUUUUUUCUUAAAGAUGUCACUCUCCGUUUUAACAAUUCCCUUUGUAGCAACAUGCUACCUCUUUAUUAGUGUGAGAGAUGUUAUGGAUCCUGUGUUCCCGGAACCCAUGAUCGUGACAUUUCCAGAGAAGCAUAGAGCACAAUUUCAGCGAAUUCGCAGAUCCUACGAUGAAAACGAAAGUCCGCAAAGUGUUUAAUUAUCAAUUAUUUGCAUUAUUAGCGUAAACAACUCCAGCGCAAGAAAGACAAAAUAAGAGCUGAGUGGAAAGAAUGUGUUGAUUGAUUUUUGUUGCUGUUUUCAGAGAGCGGAUAAAUACUGAAUUUUCGAUUAAUCUUAAUUGACGCCACGAAAGCAGUCGUGAUUUUUUACUACGCAUACCUUAGAACUUGAAUUAUUUUACUGCCUCGAUAGGACUGCCUAAGUGUUUCUUGGCCUGUGAAAGAUAUGUAAUAUGUGCCACAUAUGAACAAUACAAAUCCCUCAUAUGUUAAUGGCCAAAUUGAAAAUAUAUCUAUUAUAAAUACUGAA